GAAUGCAUAUAAAUAGUCCAUCCCUUUCACAUAUACAUCCAAUAUUACCACCUUCUAUGUUCAUUGAAGACCAUGCAGUCUACAAUGGAGAAACUGAAAAACAAGGCUAGUGCUGCCAAGAAACAAGUCGACAUAUAUAAAGCUAAAAUAGACGAGAAGACAGAGAAAGCAAGGGCAAGAACUAAGGAAGAGGAAGUGGUAGCACAUGAACGUGCAAAAGCUAAGGAAGCAAAAGCAAAGAUGGAGCUACAUGAAGCUAAAGGCAAGCAUGCUGCAGAGAAGCUAAGCACCAAACAAGCACAUUAUUAUGGUACUCAGCAGCCACAUGGGGACUACUACGAAGGAAACCAGCCAUUUGGGUCAAUUCCCAAACCUGGAACCACUGCUCCUACUUAUCCACUAGGAGGAAAAAACAUUCUAAGGAAUAAUAACCACAUAUAGCAUAUAUAUGUCUCUCUUUUUUCUCUCGUUAUUUAGUCAUAUAUAUGUACUUAGGAUCGUUUGCAGUUUCAAGUUAACUAUAAUAGUGCUUUUUGCUAUUGUACCAUACGAGAAAAUUAAAGCUUGAAAAGAAAUUUAAACUUAAGGUUUCAAA